GAAAAAAAUCUUGAAUUUCAUCUGUAUUUGAUAUGGCACUGCUGCAAAUACUGACUGCAAUUGUUGGCCCAACUGUGACCGAGCUUUAUCGACUUCUGCAGUUCGAAUCCAUCUGUGCUAGGAUCAAGAAUGUGCGCAAGAUCCGUUCAAAUUACAAGGAUCUUGAGACCAAAAAAGAGCUCUUAUCGGCUCUACAGUCUCGCCUGAGAAAAGACCUAGACGAUGAUCAGGUGCGGCACCGGUUACCAACAACUCAAGUGCAAGAUUGGUUAAGCCGGGUUGAAAAAUUGGAGAACCAUUUCAAUUCUGUAACGAAAAGUGGCAUUACUACUAGUGAUGCCUCCUGUUGUUAUUGUGUAAGCUCAGUGCACUGGAAAUUGAGCAACGAGAUAGUGAGACAGAUACAAGAAGCAAAGCAACUGAUUGAAAAGGGCGAAUCAUAUGAGAACGCAACAGCGCUUACACGCGGUCCUAUUCCCAGACCAGUUCAAGAAACUGGGGUGGUGUUAAUCGACGAUCAAUCCACUGGGGGAAGAAAUUUGGACAAGUUGAUGGAUCUGCUGAAAAGAAAGGAGUGUAAGAGGAUUGGUGUUUGGGGGAUGGGAGGUGUGGGCAAAACUACUCUUGUCAAGAACUUGAAUAAUCAGCUCAGCAAACCUCCAAAAAACAAACUUUUCACGAUGGUAAUAUUGGUUGAAGUAUCCAGAAAUGCAAGCCUGGAAAGUGUGCAAUCAAAAAUCGCUAAGCGGUUGUUCUUGCAAAUAAGCGAGGGAGAGAGUAAAGAGAGUGUGGCCAGCCAUUUAUACAAUAAACUUAAAGGAGAAAACUUUCUUCUGAUUCUGGAUAAUGUAUGGGAAAAAAUUGAUCUAGACGCUGUUGGGAUUCCUCAUAGUGGCAGUAAGAUCAUACUGACAACUCGAGAGUUUAACGUUUGUCAACAAAUGUGGAUUGACACCAAUCUGGAAAUGCGUUGUCUCAGUCCCGACGAAGCUUGGGAGUUGUUUUCUCAGAGGGUAGGGAAGGAAGUGGUGAAUGAUGAGCAGAUUAAUCCAUUGGCGAAAGCUAUUGUUCGACGGUGCGAUGGAUUGCCCCUUGCAGUGACUAUUAUAGGCGCAUCACUAAUGAAAAAGAGACAGAUUUCGCUAUGGAAGAAUGCACUGGCCGCCUUGGAGAAAUCAGAGCCUGUUCAUCUUCAUGGUGUUGAAGAAGAUGUAUACAAGAAACUCAAGUGGAGCUAUGAUUCUUUACAAAGUGAGCAAUUGAAAUCUUGCUUUUUGUUUUUCUGCUUGUUCCCGGAGCACUAUGAAGUUGAUAUCUAUAGGCUAGUCCAAUACUGGCUUGCUGAAGGCUUACUGGAUGAGAAGCUCAAUUAUGAGGAAUUACACAAUUCGUGUUGUGGAAUUGUUGAGAGUUUAAAAGACUCUUGUUUGCUAGAAGAAGGGUCUUCUACAAAUACGGUGAAGAUGCAUGAUGUAGUUCGUGAUGUCGGGAUAUGGAUAGCAUCAGCAACAACUUCUUUAGAUCAGGAUUACGGGUGUAAAUCCUCGUUUAUCUGUACUGGUGUUGGGAGGACACAUGGAUCACAAACCCAACUGUGGAACGGUUUCAACAACAGAGUAAAUCGAGUUUCUUUCAUGAAUAAUAAUCUUGAAAAGUUGCCGGAUUACAAGGUACAAUGUCUUGAAACAUCCACUUUAUUUCUACAAGGUAACAAAAGCCUUGAAGUGGUGCCAUGCUCAUUUUUGGAAGGAUUCCAAAAGCUAAAAGUUUUGGACUUAAGUUCAACCAAAAUCAAAUCCUUGCCACACUCUCUUCUUCAACUUGGCGAGCUUCGAGCUCUCAUUUUAAGAGGGUGUAAUGAGCUCUCUGAGUUACCAUGCUUGGCAUCACUCGGAGCGUUGCAAGUGCUUGAUUGCAGUGGCAGUGCCAUCACCAAAUUGCCAGACGACUUUGAGGAGCUAACGAACCUAAGGCAAUUGGACUUAUCCCGCACUCGUAUGUUGCAGAAAUUCCCCACUAACAAGAUUUCCAAGUUACAUAGUUUGGAAUAUCUAAACAUGACGGAUAGUGCCACCAAAUGGGGAAUGAGGAUAACAAAUGAGGAAAACGUACCACUCGAAGAGCUGCUAUGCUUAGAACGGGUAAUUUCUGUUUACAUAGACUUGAAAUGCAUUCCUCGUGUCACUAGGGAAGGUGUUUCUAGGCUCAAGGGAAUUAAAAAUUUCACAAUUAAUGUCAUUGACGAAAUUCCCGAUCACUGGUUUUCAGUAUAUACACCAUAUCAACACAACACCAAGUCUGUGUCCUUCAAUUAUGUUUCUUUCUCAAGAGAUGAACCGGUUGGGUGGUUGUUAAAAUAUGCUUUUGACUGCAAAAUCAUGUACUGUCAAGGAGUUGAUCUUAUGCUUGGCAACCUUAACCCCUGUGUUAACCUGAAGUGCUUAUGCCUAGCGGGUUGUUACAUCUCUUUCAAGCCCUCAUCUCAUCAUCAUCAUCAUCAUCAAUUGGGGUGUGAUGUGAUGCCUAAUUUAGAGAAACUUAUUCUUCACCGCUUGACCGGAUUGAAAAGCCUUUCAGACUUCAGCAACUUCCUUGGCCUGCGUUUCACUAAGCUUAAACACAUAGAUGUUCUUGAGUGUUAUGACUUGGAGAAUCUGUUGGCAAUGGACAACACUCUUCAAAAGCUUGAAGAAGUGAAAGUAAUCCGAAUACGAGUAUGUUGGGAAUUGACACAAGUAUUUAAGAAUGCAUGUGUGGACAACUUUGUUCCAAAGCUGGAGUCACUGGAACUGACAAGACUCGAGUCACUAGGGGAAAUAUGCAAAGCAGAUGUAUCUACAUGGCAAAAUUUGAAGCAUCUUGAUGUAACAGAAUGCAACAAGUUGUGGAAGUUACCUCUUGGUAUCCAAAAUGGGCAGGGUGUUCUGUGUAUAAGUGGGGAACAAGAGUGGUGGGAACAAUUACAAUGGGAUUGCAAAAAUUUCAAGAUGCGUCUACAAUCACACUUUAAACGGUGUUGAAUUGAACAAUAAAGCACCAAGAAGUUAACGGUGCUAAAUGGGGUUGUUUUGCAGGAUCGGGGGAAUCGUUUUGAGGGUUUGGUGGGCAUGGAGCUGAUACGGACUAAGGUAGGCAGUCCAGAGGUGAGUUUCUGCCGGACAAAUGGUUUCUACUCCUGCCGGAGGAUGUGCUGGUUUUGCUUCUACUGGUUGGGCUAAGCAUGGGUUUCCAGUGGUUUAUUAUAUUGUGGCUAGGCUGGCCAUGCUCUGUGUAAUUGGGUUAUGCGGGGUUGUUUGUGUGGUGGCUCCGAUCCGUGGACUGCAGUGCACGUGCACCGCGGUGUGCCGUUUCUUUAAGUAAAGAAACGGCCCGCAGUUACUAUUAAAGGAGUGUGUAUUAAUUAUCAACUGAAAUUGUACUACAGUGUAUCUAAACAGACUGCCUGACUUAUUAUUUUUAUAUUAUAUUAUCAAGUGAAAUUGCAAUU